AUGAAGUUAUCAGAACUAUUAGACGCAAUCAAACCCCCGAAGAUCCGACGAUGGAGUGGACAUAACUUUACAACUCUAUCUAAAACAACGGUACCAGUCCUUCCACGGGAAUAUCUUGAUGAUUUGACGCCGUGGCCAGGAAUCAUAGACGAUAUUAAAGGACUGCUUGAUCCACAUACAAACCACGAGUCAGACGGUUACCGUGAUCUAGCUGCCGCUUUUAAAUUUAGCGCAAAUAAACGAACAGCCUGCGAUGAUCAUAAGUCACUCAUUAGACUAGCAGCAUAUGUAUACGAGGAUCCUACCGUAGGGAUCUUAGAAGACCUUUUUUCUGUUAAAUGCGACUUCGGGGACCGUCAGUGCGCCUUUAAUAUCGGCGAUCCCGAUCGAGUCUUCUAUACAUUGGCUGAAGAUGAGGUGAAUGAUAUCCGGAAGACCAGAUUUAUAGUGCAAUGGAAAACACCAUGGAACUUUCCGACGCCAGUUGAUAUACGAGAACAUUUUAGGAACGAAAGGGGGAACCCACAGGAUACAGUAGUACAGGCAAUUAGUCAGUUAUACGGCUACAUGACAUUCAAUAGUCUUAUAUACGGUGCUAUCUGCAAUUACGAGGCGUUAUACCUGUUUCGGAGAACUGGUGAUACUAAUUUACAAGUAUCACCUCGGUUCUUAUAUACUGAUAGGGGUACGCAAAGUCCCGUAGCAGCUUUAACGUAUAUCUGCAACUGCGUGGUCGAAGCGGAAUACCAUUACUCUUCAAACUCUCUCGUAAAAAGGGAGCCACGGGGAACUCACGUCUUUUCCCUGGAAGAUGUAGAAGUCGAUGGAACGUGGGACGAAGACAUAAAGGUCCCAUGGACCAAUAUGGAUCUACGGUUAAGCGGCGCCAUUGCUAAGGCUAUUGCAACCGUUAUGACAGGAGAGGUAAUAGCUCGACCAGGAAUCAACUUUCGGUAUCAAAAACAAGCCGUUUUCAAAGUAUAUGACAUAACACAGACUUCCAACCUGGAGGUUGCUGAUGCUGAAAUCAAAGCUUAUAACGACCUCAAACUCCUUCAAGGAAAAUGCAUACCAAGACUCUACGCUGCCGGAACUACCACCUGGGGAUGGCUCAAGUUCCUUGUCAUAGAGGACUGUGGCCAAAUCGCAUCGGAGAAAAACAUAGAUCUAAACUUUUGGCCCCGGGCAAGGGAGGCGAUUAUGGAAUUACAUAAGUCCGGUACAAUUCACGGAGACGUCAGCCUGGAGAUUUUUGCCAUUUCCAACGGUGAUGUGAAGUUCAUCGAUUUAGGCGCUUGUCAUCAAGGGAGUCCGGCAGAGCAGGUUGCGGAGCUUGCAGAGUUUGAUAGAUUCAACAAAGCUUGGGACGCGGAACGAGAAAAUAAUGUGGAGUCAUGGGGAUAG